UCCGGGAUUGCUUGAAACAAUAAGCCAAUUGCGAUAUUGUUCUUGUCUAUAUCCUCCAUACCAGGUUCGAUGGUUUCCCAAACCUUAUAGAUCUUCAAUAAGACUUUCAUCCUCAUGCUCCAUACCGUAUAGUUUGUAGCGUUCAGUAUGGGGCAUUGGAUUGUUGGUGGUGUGAAUUCCUUAGUGCGUAUAAUGGUGUUGUCGUCUCCCAUGAUUGUAACCUAACGCUCUGAUACCAAAUAAAGUAGCUCGAACACACACACGAUUAUAAAGAACUUGCUCUCUUUAUUGAAUGCCUUAGAAAAUAUGCUCAAAACUAAAACACUCCUCUAUCGUUAUAUCAAUACCACAACUCGGUAUGUAUAUAUAUAUUAGAGUAGAUUUCCUUUUCCUAAUAGUUAUAGAUAACUCCUAAGACUACUAGGUUUAUCUUAAGCUUGUCUUAUCCUUAUCCAACUUGAUAAAGGAUAUCUUGAGCUUCAAGCUAUCAAAGCUUACCCAACACAUCGGCUGACAGUCAGGAUUCAAAAGACGUCCAAGGAGACUCAUAGCAUUCUCCUCGUACACAUGGAAUCUCGGGUUAUCGGGGAGGUCAACUGGUUCUUCGUCGUGCAGAGACAAAGAGUUGAUAGCGCUAUGCAACUGUUCAGCCAUAGCAGUACAACCAAGGUGAGAGUAGUUCACCAGAUGAUCAGAAGCAAUUUGUUUUGGGAGCAGAUCCACACAAGAGGAGGAGGAAGAGGAAGAAGAGCAAUUGAGGUCGUGAUAUUCGUGUAUGAUUUUUAGGGAAAUCAUUAUGAUUGAUAACUUGGGGAGUACUCGAACCAAAAGAAAGGAAAGAGUAUCAAUGGAAAAGGAAAGAAGCCAAAACUCAGGGAUAAUAAUCAACACCAAUAAGGUAAUAAAAUAAUUAUAGCCCAAAUGAUUGAGAAUAAAAAGGAAAGGGGAAAAUCACACAAGAUCAAUAUGUAAAAUGUUUACUCCAAACCACCGCACACCAAUUAAGGAAACCAAGCCGGAAAAGAAUUCCGGUGGAGAGCGAAAAAAAAGGAUUCCAGUUAUUAGGCAGUUUUGAUUUCAGGAUUUAUCUAUACUCUUGAGAAUGGAAUCAUCAUCUGUUCCUGUUUACUUGAAAGAUGAAAACCUGACACAAGAAACAAGAGAUCUACUUUCUUCUCUUCCAAGCGAGAAAGGUUGGUUAGUCAGUCAAAUGUAUCAAUUCGAAGGAAUUUGGCAGACACAAGCUCUGGUACAAGGAAUCGUGAACUGCCAAAAACAUUUUGAAGCCAACGAUUCCGACGUCAUCCUCGCCACCCUAGCUAAAUCAGGCACCACUUGGUUAAAAGCUCUUCUCUUUGCUCUCAUUCACCGACACAAGUUCCCAGUUUCUGGCAAGCAUCCUCUUCUAGUUACAAAUCCGCACUCCCUUGUACCCUACUUGGAAGGAGAUUACUGCUCAUCUCCAGAGGUCAAUUUCGCCGAGUUGCCUUCUCCAAGACUCAUGCAGACGCACUUAACGCAUCAUUCUCUGCCGGUUUCCAUUAAGAGCUCGUCUUGUAAGAUUAUAUAUUGUUGUAGAAACCCUAAGGACAUGUUUGUUUCCAUAUGGCAUUUUGGGAGGAAACUUGCUCCAGAAAAAACAGCGGAGUACCCGAUUGAAACAGCAGUAGCAGCGUUUUGUAAAGGGAAGUUUAUUGGUGGACCGUUUUGGGAUCAUGUGUUGGAGUACUGGUACGAAAGCCUCAAGAAUCCGAACAAGGUCUUGUUUGUUACAUACGAGGAGCUCAAGAAGCAGACUGAAGUUGAGGUUAAGCGAAUUGCUGAGUUCAUUGGAUGCGGUUUUACUGCUGAGGAAGAAGUGAGUGAGAUUGUGAAGUUGUGUAGCUUUGAGAGUUUGAGUAGUUUGGAAGUUAAUAGACAAGGGAAAUUGCCAAAUGGAAUAGAGUCUAACGCUUUCUUUAGAAAGGGAGAGACUGGAGGAUGGCGAGAUACUUUGAGUGAGUCCUUGGCAGAUGUAAUAGAUAGAACCACUGAACAGAAAUUUGGAGGUUCUGGUCUCAAAUUUUCUUCUUGAAUCAAUCUUUAAGACUUGUUGUUAUGUUCUCUGUUUUCGCUUUCUUCAAUCUUGUGACUUUGUUGGUUUUUUCCUUGAGGGUUGAGUUUUUGUUGUUCUUCUUCUUGUACAAAUAAAAUGGAUAAUGUUUGUGUUUUCUAA